AUGUUAAACUAUAGGAAUUGCAACGUUUCGCUUGUCAACACUUAUAAAAAAGUAGUAGUGGACCCUACGUCUAGGUUCCAAAACAUAGGGAACAGACUAAUUAAAAAAUUAGUUGAAGCUGGUAGAGUUGAUAAUAUAGAAGGAACAGUUCCCAUAAUUCAUGGGAACAGUUCCUAUAAUUACCUGGGAACUGUUCCCAUAAAAUUAUGGGAAUGGUUCCCAUAUUUUUCUUUCCGUGUGCGCACUUACAGUGUCAUACCACCUCGGAUUCAUGGGCUUCGCAAGACGCAUAAAACUGGUUGCAAGUUGAGACCAGUAGUGAGCAGCAUUGGCUCAUCUGGCUAUGAAAUAGCUAAAUACGUACAUAGAAUUCUAUCAUCCUAUAUGAUGAGUUUAGAAUUCAACGUAAAGGAUUCGUUUCAACUAGUUGAUAGCAUCAAGUCAGUGAAGCUGGAAGAUUGCUAUGUUUUGGUAUCAUUUGAUGUCGUUUCACUCUUUACAAAUGUUCAUAAGGACCUGGUCAUCAAAAUCAUCGAUGAACGCUGUGAUAAAAUCAGUGAGCACGUCGACUUAGAUAAAGAUCUCCUAAUUGAGUUGAUAGAAUUUUUGCUUCGACUCAGGAUAUUUCCUAAAGAAGGCUGUGCUAUGGGGAGUCCAGCUAGUUCCGUGUUAGCAAUUAUCGCAGUUGACUAUGUAAUAUCGAAGGCCUUAGAUCUACUUGACUUUGAAGUUCCAACGUUUAAAGCUUAUGUUGAUGACCUCUUCACAGCACUACCAACGGAUCAGGUGGAUUCAACACUUCAGAAGUUCAAUUCUAUUGAUAAGAACAUUCAAUUUACGGUUGAGAUGGAAAAUGAAGGCUGUCUUCCAUACCUGGAUGUGUUGAUCUAUAGAUCAGUUGAUGGGGAACUAGUUACUAGCUGGUACAACAAACCAUGUAGCUCUGGUAGGAUAUUGAACUUCAUGUCAAAUCAUCCUUUAUGUCAAAAACUUGGAGUAGGCUUAGGUUUUUUGAACAGAGCUAUACGUGUCAGUCAUCAAUCCAAGGUAGAAGUGAGUGUGAAUAAGGUAAAAGAAUUGCUGUUACGGAAUGGUUACCCGGGUUCGGUCAUUAAGAGAUGUGAAACAACAGCUAAAGAAUGGAUCAAAAAUAAUCUCAGAAGCAACGCUGGGAAUAGGCAGUGGUCAUUUUGUAGGUUCCCGUUUAUUAGCACUUUAUCAUCAAGAAUUAGGCUCUUGUUCAGACCAACCAAUUGUAAAUUGGUGUAUUACAACAUAUCAAAGGUAAAAUUGUUGUACAGCCAGGUAAAAAACAAAAUCAGCAACGACAACAAGUCUUGCCUGGUGUACAAGAUACCCUGUUCCUGUAAUAAAGUGUACGUGGGACAAACAAAACAGAAGCUGAAAACAAGAAUUCAGCAACACAAAAAUGACUGUAAGCCGGAGAAUAUCAUUAAGACUAAUAGAACAGCAUUAGCAGCACAUCAUUUCGACACUGGUCACAGUUUCCAAUUUGAUAAAGUUAAAAUAUUGGAUUAUGAAAACAACUUUUUCAAGAGGAACGUGAGCGAAAUGAUUCAUAUUCAAGCGUCGAACAACGUGAACUUCAGAUCUGACACCCAAGGAUUGAGUGUUUUAUACAAUGGCAUCAUCUGGAACUUGAGAAACCGUUAUUUUUUAAUAUUUUGA